CAAAUGCACAUUCAUUGACAUCCAAAUAUAUUAUAAGACGUUAAAAACUUCGUCUUAACUUCCAAUGCAUGUAAAACACAACAUGGAGGGGAAGACAGUAGCAGGGAAUCAUGAAGAAAAGGGAAGAGACACUCGGUACAGGGGGAUUCGAAGGCGGCCAUGGGGUAAGUUUGCAGCGGAGAUACGUGACCCGUCAAGAAAUGGGGCACGCUUAUGGCUAGGAACAUUUGACACAGCAGAAGAAGCCGCACGAGCAUAUGACCGAGCUGCUUAUGCUUUCCGGGGUCAUUUAGCCAUUCUCAACUUCCCAAAUGACCAUCAAUACCAUCAAAGUCCGAGCUCUUCUUGGCCAUCAAGCUCUUCUUCUUCAUUGACUUCGUCCUCAACUGAUAUACGCAAGAAUGAAGAACCAAAGGGUACUGCCGGACAACAAGGAGAAGUUAUAGAGUUGGAGUAUUUGGACAAUACUUUAUUGGAGGAGCUUCUUGAAACCCAGAAGGAUACGCGAGGAAAAGGCAACGACGUGAUCUGAUGCGCAUCAAAAUAAAAAAAUAUGAUUAAUUAUAUUAAGUUGAUUAAUUAAUUGAGUUGGGACAUGAAAUUAAAAUGAUGGUCAUGCUCAUGAUCUUGUAUUAUUUUUAUUUAAUUGCUUUGUCGGUUUUUCUUUUUUUUUUUUUUUUUUGGACUUUUUUUUAAAUGCAAAAGAAAAUGCUAGAAUAUUCAUUCUCCCCUAUAGCUUAUGAUCAUGGCGAGUGUAUAUUCUCGAAGAAUUAGUCUCGGCUCUGUUUGGUUACACAGUUUAAAUAA